AUGGAGUGUAUGGAGCGAUUACGGAAGGAGGGCUGUCCACCAGUACUGUGGCCUCGCUACCGUCCAGUCUUCAUGUUCAUCCAAGGGCCCAGCAAUGCCUUUGAAACUUGGUUCGCAGGUCGUUUUGCUCGCUUGCCGCCGGAUGUUGAGCUAAUUGUGAUAUUGCCCCAGCAUCGGCGUCAUGUAUGCGUCGCGUCGCAACACGUGUCCAGCAAGUCGCGCAGCCUCGAGGGAACCGGCCCAAGUCAUAGUAUCAUGCGAUGUAUACGUCGCAAUGAGUUUGCCCAAUAUUUGGCAUUCUUCAUUUUUACUACGACACAAAUAGCCCUGGCUCAUUAUUUGGCCAUAUGUGCGAAACUUGAUAUUAGUCUAGUAUCAACUGAAAAUGAGGUUUUAGGAGAGUUGCAUCGCUUGUCGGGGGAAAAAGUUCGAGCGGCCGCUUGCUGCGUCCUGCAAAAGCGAAGCUGCCCGUUCGAACCUGUUAGCCUUUCCCUGGAGGGAUAUGCUCUGAAUUUCCGGCUCCGUCAUGCGCACCCUUCGAAGUCUUCGAGCUGGGAAACGCGCGAUCACAAGGCCCUACAGGCAGCCUCGAGGAAUUGGCGCAUGGAUGACCUAUCCGCACUCUGGUGGUUGGCCAUCGGCAAGGUGGCAGUGGAAUCAUCGACGUGA